GUGGCAGCAGAGUGCGCAUCGCCGCUAUAGUAACCAGAAUUUAGGCGAAGCUCGAGAAGUUUAGCUUUAACGGAAGUCCGCGUGUGUUGAUGACCGGCAAAUAAUAAAUAGGCUUCACAGAGAUGCAGAGUAACCAGGCUCAUCCUCUUUUUGGAGGGGCUUUAUCAGCUGUGAUCCCACACAGCGCCACGGACAUCAGCGAGCUUAGGGAGAUCCCGGACAACCAGGAGGUGUUUGCCCACGCUCACACCGACCAGAGCCUGAUUGUGGAGCUAGUGGAGUAUCAGGCUCAGGUGUCCGACCAGGAUGCAGCCAGGUACCACUUUGAGGACAUCGCAGGCAGUAACAAAGCCUUGGAGCCAGGUGCUUUUGAAGUGACCGAGAUUGUGGCUUUACCUAAACCCGAGCUGUCCCUAUCAGACUGCAGCUGUGCUUGGAUGUUGACAGGGACACAACGUGUUUCUAAGUUUAACGAAGAAGCGAGGAAUAAUGUGACCAUUCACCUUGGUCUGUUUCGUCUGCCGCAGUUUUCCACGGAUGUCCUGAUAACGUUUAAUGAUCCGCAGAAGAUCAGCCCCGACAGCAGCAGCGCCUCUGCGGUGGAGACGCACAGAGAGCCUUGGACGGUGCUGGACUUCCAGCGGUUGUUACAGACGCUGACUCUGCACAAUCCUGGCCUGUUUGGGUAGAACAGAGUGGGACUUAACCUGAAUAGUUGUCUCUCUGUAACACACUUUGACCUGUGUUUUGCUGAAAAGAAUUGGCUUGCUGGUAUAGUUUUGAGUCCAAACCCACAAAGCUGGUGUAGAGCUGUUGUUGUUGCUCUAAUAAAUAGGAAUACUUGUUCUCUUUUGUUUUUUUCCAAUACAAAUAAACUAUACAAUAACUCACA